CCCCCCCCCAACAUCGCUCUCGCUCUUCAGCUAGACCGAUUAACAAUCUCGUCGCCUUGGACCACCGAUAGGCAGAUUAUGCUGGUCGCCACUCCGAUCGACACUCGUUCCUUGCAUCUUAACUAACUUUCGACCCACCCCUUGGGACGCCCUGCUUUGCUUGCUCAGCCAACCGCCCGCUACCCCAAACCUCUUCGUCUUCAAUCGCGAUCUCUCGCCUUCUCGACUUGCGGUAAGCGUUGGCGCGCAUGAGCACCACGCUGGACCUCUCGCCAUCACUCUCCAGUACCUCCGACCUUCCACAUCAUCGCCAGCAAGUCGACAGCCCCCACUUGGGUGACCAACAAUCUGACGACGGGCUCAACUUGUGUGUUGAAGCUCUUAGUAAACACGACACGCCCUCGACGGUCGCCUCAGUUCCUAGCUUGGACCAGACCCACAUGAGGCGGCCGUCUGCGUCAUCAACAGCUACACAUUUUCCCUCCAACUGCGAAUUGCGAUCCCCGCCACCCUCAAUAGAGGGCACGCCGUCGCCUUCACAGACUCCUCCUCUCCCCGCCAACGAUACAUCGAGCAAGCCUUCAGCAAGCUCGACCACCCAGCCCUCAACAAUACAGUCGCCCUGGCUUGCUCUCGCCGCCUCUGGCGGGGCUAUGACUCCUGCCCUCGAGGGGCCUUCCCUGGCACCUCGCGGGAGCCCCAAGCUGAGACAGCCCUUCGAGAGACUCAAUCUCGACUGCUUAGAGGCUACAUGGAGCUCGUCUAACCUGCGUCAGGAGACCACCGAGUCGCCCUCGCCGCCACGAGCAACGAAUGGAGUGGCCGUUCCAAGCGGGGCAAUUUGUGGCGGCGGCCGGCGGACCUCACUUGGCGCCCCCAUCUCUAUGGGCUCCUCUCUGGCACAGCGUCGAGCAAAGGGUGCCGCAAUGAGUCUUGGCGGUCUAAGUGGCAGUCAGCCAUCGGCCUCGAGUCAAUAUAAUGGCGGUGCCUCCAGCUCGUCGACAGGAUCUACCUCCUCCUACUCGGCAUCGGCAACCUCGUCCUCGACAUCGGGAGCAUCAACUUCCAAGUUGAGGCCUGCACCUGGCACGACACUGCCCUCCCUACUGACGGCGGAUUCGACUCUCGUGCUUGAUGUUCGGCCACAUUCUUGUUACCAGACAUCGCACCUCCCCGCCGCCCACCUACUCACUGUCCCGUCGAUGUUGAUGUUGCGACCCACGUUUGACAUGUCCCGGCUGCUGCCCAUGCUCGCAUCCAAAGCUAGGGAGGCGGUAGCGCGGUGGCGCGAGAAAUCAGACAUCGUUAUCGUCGAUCAAGAUUCGACCGUCGCUGUCGAGGGUGGUGUACUUGUGGGCCUAUCCCACAAGUUUGAGCGUGAGGGGUAUGCCGGUCGGCUGUGGUAUGUCCAGGGCGGCCAAGCAGCCCUCGACAAUCGACCGGAUAUCGAGUGCGUAGCUGGUAAUGCAACAGACGACAACAACGCACCCGCAUCCGACAGCAGCGGGACUCUUGGAAUAGGGCGGUUGCCAAGGCUCGCCUUCCAGCAGUCUUCCACCGGCCGCUCCUCAAGGGGCGUCACCACAGCUGCUGCCUCUCACCGAGGUGACCCUUUCCAGACAAUUAGCCUGCCUCUCGGCUCUGCGCCUGCGAGCGAUCGGCGGCUGGGGAGGAGCAAACUGCAGCCCGCCAACCCAUUCUUCGACAACAUUCGACAGAACUUGGAGCUGUCACAUGGGGGCAUUACCGAGCGCAUCUCUCUCGCACUGCCAGACGCGGUCAAGCGGCGCGCCAACGAGCUGCCCAAGUUUCUGCGCAACCUGGUGUGUAUGCCCGACACCGACUCGCAGGACGUCCUGGCAAAGCAGUUUUAUCGCCUCGAGCGAGGCGAGCAGGAGCGUUUGCAAGGUGUCAUGAAUGUCCUCAGCAAGGGCUCGCGGGCACAGGGCUUGCAACAGUCCCCAGCUGCGGGCGCACAAGCAUUGUGUGCGGAUGAAAUUGAGAAGCUGAUGGCGGACGGAUCCGAUCAAGGCAACUACUUCCCUUUCUCCAUCACCGCCGGCGUUGAGCGCGGCACGAAGAACCGUUACAAGAACAUUUGGCCGUUCGACUACUCCCGUGUACGACUGGGCUCCCCGGCCGAUGAUGAUUCAGACUACAUCAACGCCUCAUUUGUGCAGCCUCGUGGUACCACCCGCCGCUACAUUGCGACUCAGGGCCCACUCGACUCUACAUACCGCGAUUUCUGGACCUUGGUCUGGGAGCAGAACGUGCGCGUCAUCGUCAUGCUCACCAAGCAAUUCGAGGGUGGCCUGUUGAAGUGCGGCAACUAUUGGCAAGAGCAACAAUACGGGGACCUUAACCUGCGUCUGGUAUCGCAGACCGGCGGAGAGGACGAAGUUGAACAGAAGCCUACGACAGGUUUCGACUUUGGCGCGGCUGCCGCAGCACCAAGCCGGCGGGGUGGCAAUAUCCACCGCACAUUCGAACUUCGCCACAACGCUUGUCUCGACCAGCCCCCGCGCGUUGUCACACAGAUCCAGUGUGUCGACUGGCCUGACUUCGACAUUCCUGAAUCGCCCGAAAUUCUGCUCAACCUUAUGAAGGAGGUCGACUCCGUCGUUGCUAAGACGGGUCUGACCGGGUGUGGCGAGGAUAGGUGCGAGUUUCCUCCCGUUGUGGUGCAUUGUUCCGCUGGCGUCGGUCGGACCGGAAGUUACAUUCUUGUUGACGCUAUUUCGGACGGCCUGCGUCGCGAGCUGCGCAGCGAGACCUCAGCAUUUGAAGAAGCUCCGGACGUACAUCCGACCGAGGGCCCCGAGGAGAAUGAGGACGAAAUGGACGUCGACAUCGCCACGAACUCUAGCGCGAGUACCCCCGAACCGGAAAAGCCACGACCUAUUACCCAGAGCCACAAACGACACCGCGCGGCGACCCCGCUCAGCUCGCUGAAGGAGCCUAUCUUGGAGGUUCUUCAAAGCAUGCGCGUGCAGCGCAUGAGUUUGGUGCAGAGCCUGCGACAAUACCUGUUUGUGCACCGCGCCAUCAUUGCCAAUUAUCUCGAUAUCGCGGAUGAUGAAGCGCGUCGCCGGUCAUCUGGGUAUGACACGCAGUCCACCUUGUCACGCAGUUCGGUCGCCACCGCUGCGACUUCCGUGUCGGCGAGCGAGGACGACUCGCACAUCAAGCGGAAGCCUUCGUCUGCCGACCUUCAACCGGAGGUUGAUACGCGGUUGCACACCGUGGCUGGCCUGCGUCUCUCCGAGGGCUCGGAGGGUGCCGUUAACUUGGCCAAGAGAGCAAGUUUCAAGAAACGGCGUGGGCCGAACGCAAGCAGCGUCCCAGGUACACCCCAAAGUGCCGUAUCAGCAUCGUCCACGACCCCGGCGACACUAACCUGUCCACCGCUGCCGACGGCGCGUAGCGGCUCGGCGGCCACAUCUCCCUCCAUGUCAUCCGGACAGCGAAGAGGACGACGCGAGUAGUGAAUGUGACAACCGUGUAGCAGUUUGCAUUUAACCACCACCGCAGUGGUGUCCAGCAUGAGCAUAUCCGUGUCUUGACAUUUAUCAUUCUGUAUAGAUAGAGAGAGUAUCUUGUCCAGUGCCAUG